AUGGCCUUUGAACAAAAGUAUUUCAAACUCAACACUGGAGCACACAUCCCAGCGAUUGGACUGGGUACCUGGCAAGAUGAAGCCGAACAAGAGCAAGCAGUCCUCACUGCGCUUCAUGCCGGGUAUCGUCACAUUGACACGGCCCGAUGUUAUGGCACCGAAAAAGCCGUGGGAAAUGCCAUAAAGAGAAGUGGUAUUCCCCGUCACCAGAUAUUCGUCACGAGUAAGCUUUGCAAUAACAGGCAUCACCCCGAUGAUGUUGGCCUCGCACUACAACAAUCACUCGAGAAUCUCGGAUUGGAAUAUCUUGAUUUGUUCUUAAUGCACUGGCCAGUCGCAUUCAAACCGGGCGAUGAUACAUUUCCUACUGACCAAGAUGGCAAUGUUAUAGUCGCCAAUAUUGACUAUAUUUAUACAUACAAAGCCAUGGAGAGCCUUAUCCGUUCUGGAAAGAGCAAAGCAAUUGGCGUUUCCAACUUCUCACGCAAGGAGAUUGAGCGUCUUCUUGCGAAUUCUAGCAUUGUUCCAGCAGUCAACCAGAUAGAGCUUCAUCCAUGGCUCCAACAAACGGAGUUCACCAAGUUCCUUGAAGACCAGGGAAUCCAUGUGACACAGUAUUCACCCCUGGGCAACCAGAAUGAAAUUUACGGGGGUCGAGAUGAGGCGGAUAAGGUGAAGGAGGAUGAAGUUCUGAGGAGGAUUGGUCAGAAACACGGUAGAACUGGAGCCCAGAUCGCGCUUGGUUGGGGGAUCUCACGGGGCCAUUCGGUCAUUCCAAAAUCGAAAACGCAGACCCGAAUUCACGAAAACUUGCGUGCGGUUGUCGAGCUUAGCCCCGAGGACAUCAGUGAUAUUGAAGCGAUUGAUAAAAACAUUCGCUACAACGAUCCUAGCAAAAAGUUUGGAUAUGAGUUCUUCGCAGAUUUGCCAGGAAAACGAGCCGAGCCGAGCAAAGUCGGAACAGAUCAUCCUAGAGUUUAA